CAAGUCACGAAUAACAUUCCUCUGUCACCAGUCCUCACUGACACACACUUGUAAGAAAACAACUCAAAACUGAAAAUAAUCGCUUCAUAUCUCCGCUCACUCACUCUAACCGUUUCAGUUAGCUCUCAAUUUUCGAUCAUUCUCUCUCUCUAGCAUGUCACUCGCAUCGUUCUCCAUUAUCCGCCACCACCGCACGGUGGCUACCGUCGUCCCUCAACUUCUCCGCCGAUUCACUUCCAUUUCCGCCAGACAACAAAACCCUAAGCACGAUGCCCCAAGCAAGAAUCUCCUGAAAGCAAAACACACAUUGAAAAACUUCUCCUCUCUCGCUCCCAUCCUAUCCCGCGAAGAAAAUCCUCCUCUCUCCGAAUCUCAAGCCAUCGGCGUCGUCGCUUCAUCCCAAGCCAAUUUCAUGCGCGUAAUCGUCCAACCAGAACAUUCUGGAACCUUCCACGAUUCUUCCGGAGGUUUGGAGCUUCUGUGCGUUGUGAGAGCUUUACUGAAGAAGAUAAAACGUAGGGUUAUGGUUGGUGAUAAGGUUAUAGUAGGUUCUGUUGAUUGGGUGGAUCGUAGGGGUAUGAUUGAAAACGUGUUUCAGAGAAAUUCUGAAAUUCUUGAUCCUCCUGUGGCUAACGUAGAUCAUUUACUUGUUCUCUUUUCGCUUGAUCAACCCAAGCUUGAGCCAUUUACUCUUACAAGGUUCUUGGUGGAAGCUGAAUCCACUGGGAUUCCUUUCACUCUAGCGCUUAACAAGACUGAGCUUGUGGAUAAAGAGGCCCUGGAUUCUUGGAAGGCUAGGUUUCGUGACUGGGGAUACCGGCCAAUUUUUUGCAGCGUUGAAUCCGGACAUAACCUUGAUCUUCUUGCGUUCCAAUUGAAAGAUCAAAUAACAGUGCUUGUGGGUCCUAGUGGAGUUGGGAAGUCUAGUUUGAUCAAUGCCCUUCGAAGCAAUCCUCGUACUUGUGAUACUACAGAUGGGGAGAAUUGGUUUGAACCUAUUUUAGGUAGCAAGUGGUUUGAUGACCAACGAGUCGCAGAGGUUUCAACAAGAAGCGGCAGGGGGAAGCAUACUACCCGUCAUGUCUCUCUGCUUCCAUUAUCUGGAGGGGGUUAUUUUGCCGAUACUCCUGGAUUUAACCAGCCUAGUUUGUUGAAAGUGACAAAGCAAUCUCUUGCGCAAACGUUUCCUGAAAUCAGGGAAAUGCUUGGUGGAAAUGAGCCUAAAACAUGUUCAUUCAACAAUUGUUUGCAUCUUGGUGAACCUGGCUGCAUUGUAAAGGGGGAUUGGGAAAGAUAUCCAUUCUAUUUUCAACUUCUUGAUGAAAUUAGAAUCCGAGAGGAGUUUCAGUUGAGGACAUUUGGAACUAAAAGAGAAAGCGAUGUAAGGUUAAAAAUAGGAAAUAUGGGUUCUAAGCAAGCAGAACCACGUUUGGAGCUUAAGAAGCAUAGAAGACAAUCUCGAAAGAAGACUAACCAAUCUAUUUUAGAUUAUCAGGAUGAUGACGACAAUUUGCUUGACGAGGACAACGAUCCCUUUUUAAAUGCUACGAGGAAUGAAAAUCCUUAAAUUUUCAUUAAUCCCUAGAAUACUACUGAUUGUAAAUAGUUCCUUUUGGCAUGUAUCUCUAGGUCAACUGAGUUCUCAUUAGUUCAAUCUGAAUUUUUUCACUUUGGUUCAAUCUUGUACAGAGUCUGUAAUGACAUUAACAAACACACUGUUUUGGAUCGUGAUGAUCCUUGCUGAUUGCAUAUAGAUAAAAUUACAAGCAACAUUCACAGUUC